AUGACCUCGGACGAGCCCCCGACAUAUACUCAAGAGCCGUCUGAGGCCGAUGCCCCGCUCUCGGACGACUCGGACGACCUCAGUUUCAUUGUCGUUAUUCCCGUCGCCGAAGGUGGGGUAUCCUUCCAGAAGGGUUUCCUCGGUGCAGACAACGAGCAUGCGGCAGUUGAGGGGGAGCUCCAGAUCAAGACAGCGCAGGCGGGCUUCAGAUGGCAGAAAGUCACCGUCGGUCUCAAGUCCGUCGAGAAGACCCAAGCACGUGAGAUCGAGCUUGCGCACACCGAGCAGAUCCUCGCUGCUACACCCGACCCUUCGCCUCAGCAACGGUCAAGCUUUCCAUUCGCUAUCCCGCUCCCCGCCGACACGCCACAAUGCAUACACACCGCGCGCUCCUCGCUCACGCACAUUCUUACCGCGUCGGUGAUUCCUCUGGACGAAGGUAUCCCGCCUCUCCGUCGGUCAUACUUUGUUCAUACCCGAAGGUACACCUCGCACACCCACGACCUCCAUCCGGCCCCGGAGACAUGGACUAUGGCAGAGCCGAGCGAGGUGGAGGUCCAGCUUCCGCGCACGACGUUUAAGGCUGGAGAACCGCUUCCCAUUUACAUCACCGUGCCCACGCCUUCUGCGGACCUGGUCGUCGAGCAUGGGUUGCGCUUACGGAAUCUACGCGCGGAGCUCGUCCGCGCUAUACAUACCAAGGAUGACGAUGCGGGUAGCCACAAUCUAGCCGACGCCGAUUUCACAGCCCUACCCGACGACGACGAAGGAGAGCCUUCCACCCCUUCUCAGAAACGCCCACCCCCCAUUCCUUCCACCUCGCGGCAAGCGCCAGAUUUUCAGCCAAUGGAGAAGGAACACGGUGAACGAAAGGUUGUAGCUCUUUCUGGCGCGUCGUGUCGACUCCACCCAUCCCGUCCACUCCGCAUUCGUCUGGUCCUGCACCCACCCACCGACUCCCCACGACCCGGCUCACCACAUGGUCUUCCGUCCGACGAACUCUCCUCGGCUGAGCUGGAUACAGACUGUGCGUCAAUUACCCAAUCGACACCCCUGCAUUCCGUCUCGUUCCGGUUGCUUGUGCACGCGACAUUCAUGAACAUGUCCAACCAUACCGAACGCGUCUCGACGCAACACAUACCUCUGUUCAUCAUCCCUCCUUCCGCGCCGCUCCCUGAGGUCGAGCCGUCCCACGACCAACCGCCGAGUCGGACAUACUCAGAAGCGGCGCCUCCUCCCUUCGAGGAGCGCGAGGCCCCACCACCCUUUUUCACUUCUGAGGCGGAAGCAUCUACAUCCACCCGGCUGCCCACGUUCUUGGAAUCAGAAGCCUCGACUUCACGACUCCCCACGUUCCUCGAGUCUGAACAAGAGAUCUAUGUCCCUCCCGAUGAAGACCUGAACAUCGUCGCCCCGAGCACAUCGGCUCUUGCGCAAAUGCGCGAACUCUUCGGUUUCGUGUCUGCCGACCAGUUUGAUGGCUACGCCGACGCGCCCCCUCAACGUUCAGAUACGCCUCCCCCGAGUCUCGAGAUGGCCACGCAUGAUGCGAACGUAACCGGGCUCGCGACCAUGGCCCCCGCCGAAGCGGACGCGGCCAUCGAAGCCCUCGGUCUCGCACUCGACCAGCAGAACAUCGCUCGACGAAACAGUGAGAGCGCAAGUGUUCACGGGCACGACGUCGACGAUCCCCUCCCGCCACCUCCACCACCCAUGGACGACCCAUCGGACCCGCCGCCGUCCAUCGACUCGGAGGAGUUCCGGGCGCCAGGCGCGGCGGUCGCGCACGACUCCCCACCUCGGACGCAGAGCCCGCCGGUGCCGCGCGGGGCGGCACCGAGAAACCAUGGGCAUGCGCCGCCGCCGUAUCGGGUGCCGGAUAUUGGGCAUGACGAGCACGGGGAUCAUGAGCGGGUGGUGCAUCCACCGCCGUACAUGGAUCUCGUGCACGAGUAA